AUGGCGGAUAACCACUUAAAGCCCCAACCGGCCUCGACAGCAAGGCCUAUCGCUGGCUCACCACGGGCAAGCGAAUCCUUCCACUCCCAUUCACCCUCGAGAGCGUCAGCGACAGCACGGUUGGCCACGCCGGUAGCAGGCUCGCCAGGAGGACGAUCUACGGCACUCUCCCACGACGGGAGUAAUUCAGGCACGCAGACACCCCUCGCCGGCGCAACUGGCAAUUCUCUUCCAGGACCCGGAACCUCCUCGCUCUCGCAAGCAUUGCGAGGCGGCUUCUCGCCGUCUCCUACAAGGCGACCGCAGCCUUCGAUUCGCGAAUCGGGCACGGCAAGAUUAGGCAGUCCGCAGAGACGGCCGAACGAGACCUAUGGCUCCUUCAACUCGUACAAUGGACAACUAGGAAGGAGCCCGCGAGGAAGCGAAGACAUUGAAGUGUUGCGGCGACAUCUCGUGGGACCUCCACGGCCUGGCUCGGAGCCUGGCUCAUACCGCCGGCCCAGCGAGCUCGAGCGGGAUAAAGCUCCUGCAACGGACGGCGAGUUCUCGAGUCUGCAGCUACAGGGAGGCGAUGUUACGAGACACAUUUACAGAUACGCGGAGAGGCGGGAGCGAGAGCAAGCAGAAGAGCUCGGGAGCGGUCGAUUACGGCGCAGUUUGAGUGUGCAUCUGCCUAAGCCAGAGGCUGAGGAUAACGAGAGUAUCAAGAAUAUCCAAGUUCCGGGCGGUUUCAGAAGAGACCAUCUGCGACGCACAGCUGGCUCGCCUGCUCCGUCUAGCACGCAGCAGAGACCUCAGUACGGCACUGUGAAUCGCGCUCAGACUGAACCGGCAAGGCAUGACCCACGAUUCGUUACCAGCAACUUUAUCGAGUUCCUUACGCUCUAUGGUCACUUCGCGGGCGAAUCAUUAGACGAAGACGACGAAGCGCUGGGACCGGAUGAGUACUUCUCUUCAGAUGCCUACGACGAAGCUACGGAAGCAGAGGAUGGCAACUCUUCCGACGGGUGGGGCGAGGACUCUGCCCUGCUCACGCCUGGCAAGCGGAAACGUCGACGAAAAGCUCGUGAAGGAGGCAAAGCGUCACCACUGGGAGCUGCAUUACUCCUCCUGAAGUCGUUCGUCGGCACAGGCGUGCUAUUCCUACCACGCGCCUUCUACAACGGCGGCAUGCUGUUCUCCUUCCUCGUUCUGAUCGUCCUGGCCUGCCUGAGCUACUACUGCUUCAUACUCCUCGUUGGCACCCGGCUGAAGUCCUACAAGAAUCUCUCAUACGGCGACAUGGGUGGUGCAAUUUACGGCAGCACCUUCCGCAACCUCAUCAACUUCUCCCUCGUCAUCAGCCAGAUCGGCUUCGCCUCCGCAUACAUUGUCUUCGUCUCGACCAACAUCCAAGCCUUCAUCCUCGCCGUCUCCGACUGCCGCACCACCAUCUCCAUCAGCUGGGUCAUCUUCGCGCAGAUGCUGCUCUUCCUGCCCAUCAGCCUGUACCGCAACAUCAACAACAUCCAGAAGAUGGCUUUGGUCGCCGACCUCUUCAUCCUGCUUGGGCUUAUCUACCUUUACUACUACGACCUCCGCACCAUCUACGUCAACAAUGGAAUUGCCGACACCAUCAACUUCAACCCCUCCACCUGGACCCUGCUCAUCGGCACCGCUAUUUUCACCUUUGAAGGCGUCGGCCUCAUCAUCCCGAUCCAAAGCGGAAUGGCCGAGCCGAACAAGUUCCCGAGAGUGCUGGCGAUCGUCACAAUCAUCAUCUUCUUCAUCUUCACCUCCAUCGGCAUGCUCUCGUACGCUGCGUACGGCUCCUCGACCAAGACCGUCAUCCUGCUCAACCUGCCUCAAGACGACGGGCUGGUCAAUGGCGUGCAGUUCCUGUACAGCUGUGCAAUUCUCCUCAGCAUCCCGCUGCAGAUCUUCCCGGCGAUCGAGAUCACGAGCCAGCAGAUGUUCAGCAAGACCGGAAAAUACAACCCGUACAUCAAGUGGCAGAAGAACUGCUUCCGGUUCUUCAUGGUCAUGCUGUGCGCGGCGGUGGCGUGGGUGGGCGCGAAUGAUUUGGAUAAGUUUGUGAGUAUUGUGGGGAGUUUUGCUUGUAUUCCGUUGGUGUAUAUCUAUCCGCCUCUUAUGCACCAGCGUGUCGCCGCUACUCGAACCUGGCAGAGAGUUGUUGAUUUCACGCUCGUCGGCUUUGGAUUCUGUAUGAUGACUUAUACCACGGCGUUGACCAUUAUGAGUUGGGUGCAGGGGACGUCGGAUGUCACGCCUGGGUAUUGUGAUUGA